AUGGAAGGUGUCUUGCUUGAAUCAGAGCAUCCGAAGAAGCGCAGGAGAAGACACUAUAAGGACUGGCCUUGGUCUGCCCGUCUCGUCCUGGACGACAGCCUACGGGGGAAUGUGGGGAUUGUAUCCGAGGAUCUUUGGUCUGCACUAGAUUCCCACGAGUAUGAUGACUACGGAACGAGCCUGCAGCGGCCUCAUGGUCUCAAACAAGAUACCUUGUUCCUCGCCAUAUGCCUGCGGACCCCUCUUACCGAGAUAAUCGAACAUGUUCCAUGGACCAUAUUCUGUGUAGAAAGGCAAGACAGCAGCCAUACACAGCGUGACGAGACUACCCGCACCACAAUCCGAAUUCCCACAAAGGCAGCCGGCGUUCAAUCCCUCCUGGACCACUUUGGUACACUAGGUUCCAACCAACACCUCACUCUACUCUCUAAUGCCGCCGAGGUUCGAAUCAUCAACGUGAGACCAGUUAUACUCGACACGGUGUAUGUGACUGUGGAGAAGAAUCUGCUUGAGACCAUUGAUGAUGCACAGAAGAGAUUUGGAGGAGGGUUCAGUGGCCCUCAGACAAACGGCAUCAACAAUAGGGGCUGGCCAAAGAGUAGCAAAUUCACUGACGAGAACGGAACAUAUUGGAAUACCUCAGGAUCAACUGACAGCCGUUUAGCAAAAGUCGUGCGAGAGGCUGUCGCUAUCCCUCCAAUCAUACAUGCUGGAGAUACAUUGGCCCUGUCCUUGCCUUCGCAUCCUAUUACGCACAUUCCUCCUCCACCUGCCCUUGUGAGUGCUUGCGAGCCAGUCAGGCAAGGUCGGGUAGCUUCCAGCACACAGAUAGUGCUCGUUGAGGCGCAGUCUGUUAUCGACAAGACCACCAGGUUGACAGUGCCAAGAGAGGCCGCAGCGCACGUUUCUCAGGAAAAUGCUGAAGACACCUCGAACGAACAAUUCUAUUCUGCCGCCGAAGAUAGAGAAGAAGAUGUUAAUUCCGAUUCCGAUUCCAUCUCUCAGCAGUCUGAUUCUGACCAUUCGUCACAACAUGAAAGUGAUGCCAUCUCAGACGACUCCUUGGAGGACAUGAUAUCCCUUCAUGCACCUGACCCACCCUCGCUGCGACCAGGAAUAUUUUCAGGAACUGGAAAUGCCACACCUCGACCUGGAAGCCAAAUAUAUACAGGUAUUCACACACCUGGCUCCUUGUAUUCCAGCUACUCCGCUGCAACAGCUCGGGCCAGGACACCGCCUGGUAAAGUUUGUCGAGCACAGGCAUUGCUGCAAAAAAUACCCAAAGCUGCAUUGUAUCCCCAGCCGAAAGAAGAAGACGACGAACAGUCUUUCGUCGUCGUUGAUAUCAAUACCCUCACAAAGGUUGGCUGUUUCUCUGGAGACUGGGUGCGGCUUCAACAAUGCAAGCGCCCGCAAGUAAACGGAGCCAUGUCGCUCAAUCUCGACAGCAUUGGGAACCCUACUGAAGACUCCUCCGACUGGAGACCAGUACGUAUCUUUGGUCUUUCGAAUCUUGCUCACCGGAAGCCACGUUACGCACUGACCGAGCAACACACCAAUACUUCUCGGUUAGCCUCAUCGUCCCUCGCGCCUAUAGUGUACGUACCACCUAUGCUGUUACAUAAUCUGGGGACGCCCACUUUUGUCAAGCUAUCAGCUCUUCCCAAGUCGGAAGCACCGGUAAACAGCAUAGCACAGCCACCACUGGCGAAGGAGAUCACCCUCUACAAAAUCUCCACACCAGCGAGUACGAAGAAGGAGGUACAGUCAACACUUUUCACAGUCUUGAAACAAUAUUUUCAGCAGCACUACCGUAUCGUAAAAGCUGGCGACCUAAUUGCCAUGAAUUUCGAUGAAGAGCUCGGAAGAGUGACUUUUGACCCUGCGGAAAACGUCGAGAACUCGGGGGAAAACCCUCUGGUCGCUAGUCUCGGCUCUGCAUCAGACAGAGAGCGGAAAUGCAACAUAGCCUGGUAUGCUGUGGACCAAGUCGUCCAUGAGGAUAUAGACUAUGCCAAUGGUCAGCUGGAUCAUGGAAGCCAGUGGGGCGGAAUUGUAAUGAUCGACUCAUCGAGAACUAGAAUCGCGCAGGCCGGGAGCAUCGUCCAGGGCAUUCCGGAACCUCUAUCUGGUGAUGCAUUUACCUGGCUUGGUGGUAGGAAGAUCACGCCAGCAGCAUCCGUAUUGGCUGCGCGGUCAGUCUAUGGUGGGUCUAGCAUGCAGCCUUAUGUUCUACCACUGCAAAAGCGCCUCAGUGACCUCGUCUCCUCCGCAACCAGCCCACGUGCAUUGUCUUUAGGACUUCCACCUUUAGCAAUCCUCCUUCACUCCACUCAGCACCAGGUGGGCAAGUCCUACAUUGCUUCUCGUGCCUGUGCAGCAGCGGGAACGCAAGUCUUCCCCGUUUCAGCUCAUGACAUCCUCGCUGAUGGCGGAUCGUCUAUCGGAGGUGGUGAUGUUAAGACAGAAAUCUCGUUCAAGACUAGGGCCGAACGUGCCUUGAGUUGUGGCUCUCAGUUUACUGUCCUGCUCAUAACAAAUCUGGAAAUGUUGACAGCUGAUCGCAUUAUUCCGACUCUCGCAGAAGCAAUCUCGGAUUUCCGUGUCCUCGUGGCCACCACCACCGAACUGGACAAGAUCCCUGACGGUAUACGAAGCCUCUUCACCCACGAACUAGAAUUGACUGCCCCAAAUGAAAGGGAAAGAGAAGGCAUUCUCCAUAAUGCUUGUCUAGAACAGGCUUUGCGACUAGAUCCGUCAGUCCGUCUUGACGCUGUGGCUCUUAAAACUGCGGCAUUGGUCGCUGGUGACCUCGUUGAUGUAGUGCACAGAGCAUCACUUGCCCAUGAUCGUCGAGUGGAAGGUUUGGCAGCGGCCAAAGGGGUUUCUCCGGGUGAUGUUCGACAUGCUGGCGGUCCAAUGGUCUCGAGUGUGACCGCUUCCGACUUUGACCAGGCAAUUGGCAGUGCUCGCUCCAAUUUUUCAGACUCGAUCGGAGCACCCAAGAUUCCCGCUGUGACGUGGAAGGAUGUUGGUGGUCUGGCGGAUCAGAAGUCGUCCAUCAUGGAAACCAUCAGCUUGCCCUUGACUCGUCCCGAGCUCUUUGCCAAUGGUAUGCGGAAACGUUCUGGCAUAUUAUUCUACGGUCCUCCGGGCACCGGCAAGACCUUACUCGCCAAAGCCAUCGCAACCGAGUUCAGCCUGAACUUCUUUUCUGUUAAGGGUCCUGAGCUGCUCAAUAUGUAUAUCGGCGAGUCCGAGGCAAACGUACGCCGGGUCUUUCAACGGGCUAGAGACGCUCGGCCAUGUGUUGUUUUCUUCGAUGAGUUAGACUCUGUAGCUCCUAAGCGAGGCAAUCAAGGUGACAGUGGUGGAGUCAUGGACAGGAUAGUGUCUCAAUUACUUGCGGAACUCGAUGGCAUGUCUAGCGGCGGCUCAUCUGACGAUGAGGGCCAUGGAGGUACAAAUAGAAAUGCUGGCGGCGUCUUUGUUAUUGGAGCUACCAACCGGCCGGACCUCUUAGAUCCAGCUUUGCUUCGACCUGGUCGCUUUGACAAGAUGCUGUAUUUGGGGGUAUCAUCCACCCACGAGCAGCAAGUCACGAUCCUAGAAGCUCUUACGAGGAAAUUUACAUUGGAUGCGAACGUGGAUUUGACUCGAGUAGCAUCGAGACUACCAUUCACGUACACUGGAGCCGAUCUGUACGCGUUAUGCUCGGACGCCAUGCUCAAAGCUAUCACGAAGAAGACCAAACAAGUCGACACCAAGGUGCAAGAGGCAAGCAGGGCUCGAGGCGAAGAGAUCAGCACUGCGUAUUACUUUGAUCACCUAGCCAUACCGGACGAUACUGUUGGCGUUGUCGGAGAGGACGACUUCGCUGCUGCACAGAGAGAACUGGUUGCAAGUGUCAGUGCGAAAGAGCUCGCUCAUUUCGAAAGAAUACGUAAUCAGUUCGAGCAGCAAGAUCUGUCCAAUAAAUCCAAAGAAGCCAGGUCGACCAACAGACCACCUGGAUUGACGACGUGGUCUUCGCUACCAGUACGCCAGCAACACUCACAUCAGGCGACGCUGAAGACGGCAUCCAGCCCUGGCAGGGACAGCGCAAUCACGGGCAAAGGCAAGGGGAAGGCAGUCGCCAAUCCGGAUUCGGGACCUGACAACAGUGACGAUAGCGAUGAGGGGUUUAAGAGCUUCCAUUUGGCAAAUGGAACUGGACCGGGAGGAAAGGGCAAGGGCAAGGCGGCUGCAAUGGAUGGGUUUGGAGAUAACGAAGAAGAGGAUUUAUAUUCAUGA